AUGGCACGUGGGUGUACCAAUCAUAGAUAUGGUGACCUUGAAAUCACAUGUGAAUGCACCGCUGGUUGCAAUGAAGACAAGUUGACUCCUGUUGUGUUUGAGAAGCAUUCUAGAAGAGAGAUUGUUCGAAAGUGGAAAAAUAACAUUCGGGUGAUAGUUAAUGGAGACAAGGUUUCAUUAUCAAAGACUGCAUUGUUGAAAUACUACAAUCAAGCAUCUAAAAAUGUCAAUGAUACUAAUAGAUCAAUUAUUGGAAGAGUUUGCCAUCGUGAUGAGUUUCUUCACUAUAAGAAGGAAAGAGAUAGGAAUGGGGUUAGAGGGGAAUCAAAUGGCAGGUCAAAUGGUCAAUGUGUCAUAUCAAUUUUCUAUCACUCACAACAAGGACUAUUAAUAGCGAGGGACCGAUUUAUUAUUUUUUAA